AUGGGCUACCAGAACACACCCUACCCCCGCCCCCUCGUUCCCAACAACCCAGACUGUGCUCCCGUCGAUUUCCGCGCGUUCUAUCCCUACACCCCCAACGAGGUCAAGCACAGGAAAAGGACAACCAGUGCCCAGCUCAAGGUCCUCGAGUCCGUCUUUAAAAAUGAUACCAAGCCCAAUGCCGCCCUCCGCAGUGAGCUUGCCCUCCAGCUCGACAUGACUCCCCGCGGUGUCCAGGUCUGGUUCCAGAAUCGCCGAGCGAAGGAAAAGGUCAAGGGUGGUAAGGGCGCUCUGUCCAAGGUGUCCAUCGAGGAUUUCAAGGACGACGACUACUCUUCGCUCCCUGGCAAGGACGACGUUUCUGACUCCCUCCAGCGUCAAGGCUCGUCGCAUGACGAAAUAGACGCGUAUUCUCUCUCUCCGAAUGCCACCACACCCGCACCAAUCUCUCCACCAAGUCUUCGUCUCGUCACCGACUCGAAUAACUUCCCUUGGCAAAACUCUCCUGUAGACCCUGCACCAGACAGCGCCACCCUGCCUAUCCGUCCUCCUACCAACACAUUCGUUUCUUCCAAUUCCGACAGUAGCUCCAGUAGCUCAGGGAACAACCCUGAUCUCCACAUACACAGACGCGGCUCGCUUCCUCUCAACGCGUUUCCCCAGCCCAAUUCCUCCAUGGACAGUCCCAACACUGAAUUUGAUCCUUUCCUUCGCCGCUGCUCCGUUGAUGCUAGCCUGGCACGUCUCGCUUCGAACCCCUUUGCUAGUUUGGCCAGGGCAAAAAAUAGCGCGUUGUAUGGUCCAGGGGUAGGUGUUGUGAUGCCAGGCGCUAAUAACGGCACUCGCCACCAACAUCAGCUUAAUCGCAUGCCUUAUGGAUACCAUCCACCACCUCAUCAGAGGCGUGGCAUGCUGUCCGGUUUCGCAUCUAUGCCCCAGCAGGCGAGCCUGCGUCGCCUUUCGAUGGACUCCCGUUCAACCCGUUUCCCUUCUAUCACUAGGACCCAUCAAAGUCAAUCUCCCUCUCCUGUCACCACACCUUACAACGCCGCUAUCAGGGUCUCUCUUCCCGACCAGCGCUUGUAUGCGCUCUCGCAGCGCCCUUUGGCGUCUCCAAUCCCAGGGCCUUUGCCCUCGCCUGGGUUCUCGUUUGGUGCUGCCAAUACGCCUCCUAUGGCUUCGCCUAGCUCUGGCGAUAGUGAGCGCAAUUCUCCAGACUCGCUGCGAUCAUUUAGCUUCCGAGGAGACGAUGAGGACAGCGCUAUGUCGCCUUCAUACGAUGCCUAUUCCCGUUUCGGUUCGAUAGCGUCGAUCGCCACUAGUGAUUCGAGCAUCACCAGUUCGUAUUACGGCGACAUCGGGGGCCCUGCUGUUGAUCAUCGCUUGGCGGAGGAAAGAAGAGACUCUUGUGCGUCGGGGCAUUUCUUGGGGAUGAUGUCGGGUCUUGAUGUCGGCCAUGGUGCAGAGAGCAUGCACGUACCGACUUACACGCCGCAAGAGGAUUAUCAAUACUCAAAUGUGACUGAUGGUGUCGAAUUGACGGCUACUUCGAAUGUGCAGCAUCAACACCACCACCAACAGCAGCAAGUGCAGCCAAAUUCUGAUCCCAACUACCCUUCCCCCACCUCUACAAUAACCCCGAGGGACAGCCCGCAUGCACAAGACACAACAGUGGUUACUGGAACACCUCCUAUCUCUAUCUCCACUUCUAGCGAGCUGGCGUUCGCGUUGGACAGCAAAUCUAACCAGAAGGCAAACGGACAGGAGCAGUAUUUGACAUACGGUAGCGAGCCUCAAGUGGCUUCGGAGCAGGACGGCGCUUCUUACUACCCUGCGCAGAAUCAAGACGCCCAUACCCAGGAUUCACAGCAAGAAAUUACAUUCCCUACUUCCAACUAUUCCGAGAGUUACUCAGGCGACGCCUCUCAACAACAACACCAGCAGCAGCAGCAGGUGGAUAUGUUUAACGUCUUCGAUCCUUCUGGACAUUAUGCGGACCCACUGCCCGCCACAAUGCCUGCGGCGAAUAUCGGUAACGGCAUGAACGCAUUUGUUGCCUACACGUAA